AUGUCGAAAUCAACCAUCGAGCCGUCGCCUGGGCAGAUCCUAGAACGGGUUAACCAUGCAGUCGCACUGCUCGAAAGCCACCUGGGCGCUCAUCCCAGAGCCGCGCCCAGCGUAGGCAAUCCGCUGUCUUCGCGCCAUCCGUCCAAUGCCCCUGCGGCCAACGAGUCUCCAACCUUCCAGGACGCGGGCGCCCCUAACCGGAGUGAUUUCGCGGACAAUGGAUUUGGGCAACUAGAUAUACCAGAAGCCGCCGCCGUUUCUACUUCUUGCGAGUCCAUUCUCGGGUGGUCUAGCUUCGACGAUAUCCCUGCAGUGCAAGGGAUCAAGUCCUUUCUUCUUCAAUCGGACAACUACAACCUGUCGCGGCCAUCGGAGCCACUUCAUGUCCCCGGAGGAGUCUUAAAGGAUGAUGCGCAAGCAACCAUUGCCGCGACCAGCCAUCGUGGGAUCAACGAAGAGGACACGGUACCACUCUGCCAAAGGUUCUUGGAUUCGGCAUAUCAGCGGAAUCCCAUCAUCGAUGCAGCUGCACUCAAGGUAUAUGCGCGUCAAAUCACCGAGCAUGGCUUUGGUUGGGAUGAAAGGACGUGCCUUGUGGUGAGUCUCCUAUUUUGA